AUAUUUGAAGGGUGUCAGGGUAAAAAAAUUGGAUGCUGGCAUUGAUUUUGGCGUUAAAAGUUAUUCGACGGGGGGUUGCCUGAGUGAACAGGUGGUUCCUAUCCUUAUUUCAGAGCUUGAUCCAUCCCCUACUUUUGGGGGAUCUAUGGAGCAUAGAAACUUUCCCAGCUCAUCUAGGAUGUUGACGGACCAAAGUCAUGACAGAAAUCAUUCAACUGCGGAACAGUCCUACGAUUAUAUGGGAAGGGCUGUUGCUUCGGAAAAUGGUUCUGUGGCUUACCCAAUGGAAAACGUAUCAAGGAGUGGAGUAUACUCUGCUUCUCAGUGGAAUUCAGAAAGCAGGGUGAACAUGUAUCCUUCUUCCAGUUUCAGCAUGGAAGCACCACAUCUCCAACCAUCUUUUCCAGUGUCUUCUUACCAUCCCUUCCCACAGUCUCCAGCUGCUGGAAACAUGUAUAUGGGCCCACAGUAUAAUGCUGGCCACACACAUACUAAUUACAACGAUAGGCACAAUAUCCAUGAAGACGAGACUGGUCUGCUAGAUUCUGAAACAGGUAGUAGAAGGGCCCCAGUUAAAAGAAAAAGUCCUUGUGUUUCUGUGGCCUGUGAAAGAGGCAGCUCAAGCAGAUUCUAUAGUGCAGGAAGUUCAUCUAGUUCUUCUGAGAUACCGCUGGAAAAACCACCUUCUGAUUAUCAAAACAUUCCUUCCUGCCAUAUAGGCUUAUCUAAUUAUGGGGGUGGUAGCCUCCCAAUCCCUGGUGAAGAUUUAGUGAGAAACGUCAGAAGCCGAUCUAGACUUGAUUUCGAAUCCACUCCAAUCGGAACUCAUUUACCAAGUUAUUCUUCUCGUCAUUACCAUUCGACAACCAACUUGUCCAGCUACCGUGGAGCCGUUGACCUAGCCAACAUAAAUUCUGAUGAAACCACUCAGGAAUGGAACUUUAAUGCCCUACCUUGUCCUGCUCAUGGAACGAGUCGAAAUUCAGGUAUUAAUAAUGGCUUAAGCCAUGAGAGGGAUCAGUUUCUUACACGAGGAAGUGGGACAGAGACUGGUGUCUGCCACCAUGAUUCUGCUUCUAGCAGAAAUCUUGUUCCGCCUUUGCAGUAUCUUCAUGCUCCGCCUGUCUGGGGUGCAAGGGAAGGCCGUGGUAGUCAUUCUCAAAGAGCAAUACCUUCAUAUAGGGCUGCUCUGAGCUACCCUCGGUUUGGAUAUGAAGCAACUUCUACGGAAAAUGGUCUGCAGUCUAUCUCAGAAACUCACUCUUCCAGGUAUUCAAGACCGUCAACUGGUGGAUGGCAGAACAGUUACAGGAACGGAAGGUCGAGGAUAGAUAUUGAGAGAUUCCAAUCGGUUUCUAGUAUUGUGGACACCCAUGACAGGAUUGGGUCUGAGGAUCUCAUGAUGAUGGAUCACUCAUCCUUGUAUGCCAGUUCCAGGAAUUUGUUUGAUCAAUAUGGAGACAUGAGGCUAGACAUCGACAACAUGGGCUAUGAGGAACUUCUUGCUCUAGGGGAGAGAAUUGGAAAUGUCAGCACUGGCGUGUCUGAAGAUAUGAUUAGGAAGUGUUUGAUGGAAACAAAGAAUUCAUCAGCUCAAAACGAUGAAGAAGGAACGUGUUGCAUCUGUCUUGAAGAGUAUGGAAAUGGGGAGGAAGUUGGAAUUCUGAAGAAGUGUGGGCAUAAAUACCAUGUGAGUUGCAUCAGGAAGUGGUUGUUGGUGAAGAAUGCCUGCCCUAUCUGCAAGGCUUCUGCUCUUGCAGAUUGUUCGCCGGAGGGAUGAAUUAGGAUUUACUUUGGUUGCAAAUCCUUUGUUUAUACAUGUAUAUAUGCAUCCGCACACAUAAUCGACAUUUCUCUAAAUGGUAGGAACUUUAGGAAAACUUGGUAUCCAUCAUUCAAUUGCUCUCUUGUAGCAUAUAAAACUAGUGGCUUCAUUC